AUGAGUGAGAACGAAGAUGGAAAAUCAGAGAAUGAUGUGGAAACUGUAAUUACUCAUCCACUCUCUAUGUUUUCAAGUAUCAUUAGUUUCAGAGAAGAGAUAAAAUGUCAGGAGCUUCAUCGCUUCUGAUUGAAGAGGGGCUGUCACUAUUGAACUUGAAGUCGUCACUGAGUCCAAAUGUCAGACCAGUCAGCCCGGAUUUAUUGGAAAGAGCGACACCAAGUCCUGAUUUCGGACUUUCAUCGUCUAAGUGAGUUGUUGACGAGUAGUUGCGCUUGUGUGUACAGCGGAAAUAAUACAUUACACUCCCGACAAAUUCUUCGUAUGACUUUUCUUGCAUUCGAUUCAUCUGGAAAACUGAAACACUGAAAUAUCAAGAUGAUUUGCUUUUUCCUGCUUUCUACCCUUAUUCAAAAUGUUUUCUUUUCUUGAGAAUUAAAUAAAAGAAAGCGUUUUGCAAGACAGCACGAGGAGCCCGUCCAAGUACUUCGCGUAGGUAAACACUAUUAAGUAAAAAAAUGUGGAGGUGGCUUUUGCGCGGGCGUCAGUGGCGCCGCUGUGCACACUGUAUGCCACCACAAACAUUUGGAAGAGGAAAACGACAAUUCCAAAACGUUUUCGGCAAAGCGAGAUCUUAGCCACUUAAAAAAAGCGAGAUACGAAAAUAGGCAAUUUGAUAGCAAAAACUGAUUUCAGACUCGCCAAAGUACAAGUACCACGGUUCAAGAGAAUUGACUUUGAUGAUAGAUUGGAAGAUAUCAACUCCAAGAAACCGGCAUGGAAGUCCUGGCAGGAAAACAUCAAAGAUUCUUAUCACAAGGUUCAUAUUUUUAUUCACAUUCGGCUCGUGAAUGAACUAGGCCAAAGAGACAAAAAUAUGUUUUCUGUGACAAAUUGGUAAACUGACAGAUAUGCGGAUCAAAUUGACAUAGCGUUGCCGCUACAAAUCUAUUUAACAAUCCCAAAAAUUACAGGCAAAAGUGAGUGCCGAGAAAAAGAAAGAAGAGAAUGAGUUUAUGGAAAACAUGACACUUGGCCGUUCUCGUCCAAUUCGCGGAGAAAGUCCGUUCCGAACUCUUUCAAUGGAUACUGGCUUCAUUCCAUCUGUUAGGUAUUAUUUGGCUGAGGGAAUGGCCCGCACUUACCUUGGGCUUUUGGAAUGGGACCUAUAUGAUUCGAAAGAGAAUUUCACGGAGAAUCCGAAUCUGCUCUCCAUUUUUGCUAAAGAGCACGUGCCUGUUUCUGCCACAUUUUCUAGCAAGUUCAUCUUCGGCGACCUGUAUCUCAAGAACCACGCGUCCAUUGCAAAAGUGGUCAACUAGUAAGUUAACGCAAAUUAUCUCAUGAAUAACUUUGUAGUUGAUUGUCUAUUUAAAAAAAAAACUAGUUUUCGAGUUAUCGUCGCGUUUUUCUUGUCGCUCUAGGAAAACUGUUCAUAACUCGAAAACUAUUUUUUUUAAAAAGACAAUCAACUACAAAGUUAUUCACGAGAUAAUUUGCGUUAACUUACUAGUUGACCACUUCUGCAACGGACGCGUGGUUCUUGAGAUACAGGUCGCCGAAGAUGAACUUGCUAGAAAAUGUGGCAGAAACAGGCAGAUUUUUUCGCCAGCCAGUGCUCUUUAGCAACAAUGGAGAGCAGAUUCGGAUUCUCCGUGAAAUUUUCUUUCGAGUCAUAUAGGUCCCAUUCCAAAAGCCCAAGUAAGUGCGGGCCAUUCCCUACUGAGCACAGUAUACCAAACUAACAUCUACAUAUGUUCAACAGAUCCCGCAGCAGUAUAAUGUCUCCUUCGCUAUCCGAUCGUUCGCGGCUAGCAACUUCCUCCUCGAUUUCUAACAUGUUUAAUGGUAAGAAAUCUUAGAACUUCUCUGACUUAUUUAUGUGAAACAGCUGGUUCGGGACCAUAUGCAGCCCCCGCUGUCGGCAUCUCGCAGGGAAUUGAAUCGAGAUAUGAGGAAAGAGCGAAUAAUGUGGAACUUAUGUAAACUGAAAAAUUGCACAGGAGCGUUAAUUGACUUUUUAAAGGCUUCUGAAAUCGGCGCCACUUCCAGAGCGGUAUAAGACCAUCACGACGCGUGAAUUCAGAAAGGCACCAGAACCGUCAGCAGGAAGUUAUUCAGAAAAAGACGACUAUGAUUUUUCGGUAAAUUUACUUUUGAAAAGCUGUUAUUUCGAAGACAUCACAAAAAAUCUGUGAUGAUUCAGCACUAUACAACGGCUCGUCCAUACUACUCACGUCCCAAUCGUGAUGAUCCAGACUACUUUGAUUUUGAUUUGCAACACUCCGUUGAUAUGUUUAAACGUCCUGAAGGGAAAUACAUUCCAAGAAGGUAAUUUGUGCAAUAGAUCAGUCAUUUUGAAACGUUGUUGUUCCGUAGACCACAGGAUUGGGAAAACAAGUUGAUAAGCGAGUCUGCUUCUAAAGGUACCGCUCCACUUUCUGGACACAUGUUUACAAAGGUUUUAAUAGUAGUAAGAGUCCUAAUAACUAGCAAGAAAUUCAGACUGACACAGACUGGAGAAAUAACGGAACAUCAUACUUGAGUGCAGCAUUGCGAACACCAAAGUUUUGGGAGCAGCGAUUUGAGAACAUUGGAAAACAUGUGCGAGACAGUAAUCCGAUUAGUCUGGAGAGCAUUAACAGGUAAGUAACUAAUAUUUUGCAACCUGUUAUCGGAUUAUUAUUAGUUUGUGCGUACUGAGUGAAAUUUAAAUGAAAAGUCCUUAGGAGAGGUGACCGAAUUGUCAUUCCCUGAUAAAGGAUUAUGAAAAAUUGUCUUUUUGGAAUAGUAAUCUAACAUAUUUAAGAUAAGUGUAUAACCCCUUUCUUGUGUUGUAAUUGUGAUGUUUUGUUUUGUUUUUCAGAAGGAUACGCACACUUCAAGACAUAAGAGCGUAAGAAAUACUUAUUAAUCAAAAAAUUUCUAACAUAAAUGUGUUUGAGAAAAUGUAAGUCAACUACCCGCAUACAAUAGAUACUACUUUCUGUUAUUAAUCAUCUUUGAGUCUCUGAAUGAACUAACAGGUAUUGUAUAAUGCGUGAACUCUUAGAUUCCACUACUAGCAUCUUAUUAUAUGUUCUGGAAAAACCGAAACAACUAAAUAUUAUGUUGCUCAUGCGCUUUAAUAGCCACUAAUAUUUGUUAUAUAUACUUCUUCUUGCUCCGUCUCAAAAUCCCAUCGUUCAAUUUUCCUUUUUUUUUGAACCUCACACAACAUUAUUUUUCAGAAACCGUCCAACUCCAAGCCGUUUUACUGAGUAUCGUGACCCAGAUUACGAUGACUACGAAGAUUCGUUGGAUGAUUGA